GAAGUGUCAUGAAAAUAAACGAAAAUUAAAUAAUUUAAUUUUUGAUUUCAAACAAAAAUGGAUAGACUGGAAAUUAACAAAAAGAAAUUCUGUCGCCUGUGUUUGUCGGAAACUGUUAUAUCGCAUUCAUUACUUAAUGACGAUAAUACAGUAUUUUUAGAAGCUCUGACAGCAAUAAAGAUCGACGAAGACGAGCCAUUUCCAACAAUUGCAUGUGUCAAAUGCUGUUUCAAUUUAAAAUUUGCUUUCCAAAUUCAGCAAAACAUUCUAGAAGCUGACAGAAAGUUACAUAUGUUAGAGGAAAUUAAUAUGGAUGAACUGGACAUAAAAACUAGAAUAGUUGAUAAUGCAGUAGAAGUAGAAGAAAAAAUUCAGUCAGUGGAGGAAUGUAUCCUGGAUCACGAUUAUGAAGGACGCUCUAGUACUGAACCAUCCACUCCUUUGAGCAGAAAUUCUCCAAAAUCAACUGUAUCUGAACUUGAAACAGAAGAUUUGAAGAUUGCUGUCCAAUAUGAAACAGUAAAAACUGAACUCAAAUCUGACGAAGAUAAUUCAGUAGAGAAUGUAUUUGUAACAGAGACUGAGACUGAAGAACCGGUUCUUUUUUCUAAUUUCUUAGCAGAAGCCAACACUGAUGACAGUGAAAAAGUUCCUUGCAAGAUCUGUGGUCAAGAGUUUCUAGAUAAGGAUAUGCUGGACCAUGUGCAAUUCCAUUAUUUUUCUACCAUUAAGUGUGAUGAAUGUAACAUGAAUUGUGCCAAUAUACAUACAUAUAGGGAGCAUUUAGCACAGGCACAUAUAGAUUAUCCAGCUAAUAAGAGUUGGACAUGCAAAAUUUGCAAUGGAUCGUUCUUUUAUAAGCCUUUGUAUAUUAUACAUUUUAAGAGUGCCCACCAUGCCAAAGUUGACAAAGAAGAAAAACCCGGCAUAUAUCACUGUUAUCACUGUAAGAAGACGUUUUCCAAUGAAAGCAGGCGUACCGCCCAUACAGCCACCACAAUAAAAAGCAAUGUGACAUUUGUGGCGUUUACAUUACUCCUUCAAAUUUUCCUGCCCAUCGGAAGAGCCAUUUGGAAAACGAAGUGGAAUGUCCAAUAUGUUUAGGAAAAUACAAAAAUACGAUCUCUUUGAAGGGACAUAUUCACUACACCCAUUCAACUAGGAACUAUAUCUGCGAGUUCUGUGAUAAAUCUUUCAAGAAGUCAUAUGCUCUGUUGUUGCAUGUCAAAAGAGAACACACUGGUGAAAGACCACACAUAUGCGACGUCUGCGGCAAAAGCUUCCUCACCUUCUACAAUCUGAACAAGCACAAAAAGAUGACCCACCAAAAACUUCGUCCCUUCGAAUGCGAACAAUGCCAAAGGAAGUUCUCUUCGAAGUUUGCGCUACGCACGCACGAGCGACAGCACACGCAAGACAUGCCGUUUACGUGUAACAUUUGCGGUCAAAGUUUUCGCCAAAAGGUGUCGCUGAAAGGCCACCGCAAGACCGUGCACAACAUCGAGGAGCCUUUGACGUGUGCCUGUGAAGUUUGCGGCAAGUGGUUUAGUAGUAAGUUCGCCGUUAUGAGUCACAUGCGGCUACAUUAGUGUUUGUUGAUCUUGUUGAGAUAUAUUUGCAUUUAUUUUGUAAUAAAGUAUUUAUUU